AUGUUUAAAACUUUGAAAGAAAAACAAACGGCAUUGUUCGAUUCCAAGCGAUCCAACAACAAUGCCUCGGAAAGCGACCGCGGCCAAGAUUUAAGCUCCAUCUUGGAUCGGUCGCAACGUGCUGACUUGACCAUUCUCGUUGCUGAGGUUGCUGAGUCUAUGCGAAUUAGUGUCUUGGAAAUCUUCGAAAACCAAACACCCAAUUCAAAGUCAGACUCAAAAGAUGAGCCGCGUACUCCGUCGAUUCCACGCAAGCCUCUUCCUACCGAGGAAACCGACGAAGACACCCCGCCCCUGCCCCCGAGGCCCAGCAACGAGAGUGCAGGGAAGGGUGGCAGUCCACGAACUGGGGCUAGCAAGCCACUAAAACCGCAAGCAAAGAUCACUGCACUUUCUAUUUUUGAGGACUGGCGGGAUUCUGUACUGUUGCGGAUCGGCGAGGUUGUCAAUAAAGAUGACGAUGAUGAAGGACAUCAAGUCUCCGAAGAAAUGCAGAAGGCUGCAAAGUCUGACGAGAUUCCCUUUGAAGGCGAUAGAGAUAGCCUGGAAAAGUUACAAGAAAUCUAUCACCCCGUGGAGACGCCUCUGGUCAAACUUCCAAAGGCAACACGAUUACUCAUUGUCCAUUCGCUUCUUCUGUUGAUGCUCAGCUUGAAACAUUACAGCGCCUACUCCCGAGUUUUGAUGUUGAAUGUCGCGUCCAGUUUGAACAUAGAUAUCAACGUGUUGAACGAAGACGAAGUCAAGGUUGCCCGUGGUCUGCUAGAUACGGCUUUAGCGCUCUCAGACCAGGAGCCCAAGAAAGAGCCCAAGAAAGACGACAUGAGGAAAUGGAAGGUCGGCAUCGCGUCUGUAGCUGGUGCUGCCCUUAUCGGUCUCACUGGUGGGCUUGCAGCUCCUUUAGUGGCUGCAGGCCUUGGAACUGUUAUGGGUGGGCUGGGUCUCGGUGCUACUGCCGCUGCUGGAUACUUGGGUGUCCUCGCCGGUAGUAGUGUUGUUGUUGGCGGUCUCUUCGGUGCUUACGGAGGCCGCAUGACUGGUCGCAUGAUGGACAAGUAUGCCCGUGAAGUUGACGACUUUGCGUUUCUCCCUAUUCGCGGACAACGGUCUCGAGAUGAAAAAGAUAGCGAAGCUGCUCGGCAGGAUCAUCGGCUACGGGUCACUAUCGGUGUCACCGGAUGGGUCAAGGAAGAAGCGAACUUUACUGUCCCAUGGAAGGUCAUUGGCUCCAAUUCAGAGGUGUUUGGUCUUCGCUGGGAGAUGGAACCGCUGAUGAACUUGGGCAAUGCAAUUUCAGCCCUUGUAACCAGUGCCGCAUGGUCAGUUGCCGGACGUGAAGUCCUCGCCCGUACUGUUUUCCACACACUUAUGAGUGCGGUGAUGCUUCCCCUUGGUCUUUUGAAUGUUGCUGGCGUUGUCGACAAUCCAUUCAGCGUCGCCAAGUCUCGCGCCGAUAAAGCAGGCGAGGUGCUAGCCGACGUUCUCAUCAACAAAGCUCAGGGAGAACGACCUGUGACCUUGAUCGGGUAUUCUCUCGGAUCUCGCUUGAUCUUUUCUUGCCUCCAAACUUUGGCUAAACGAAAUGCAUACGGCAUUGUCGAGUCUGUCAUUAUGAUGGGAUCACCUACCCCUUCCAACGCGGAGCACUGGCGUCUGAUGCGCAGCGUCGUGAGCGGCCGUGUCGUGAAUGUCUUCUCUGAGAAUGAUAAUGUCCUCGCUUUCCUCUACCGAACCAGUAGUUUGCAGCUUGGUGUCGCCGGACUGCAGAAAGUUGAGGGUGUUCCGGGUGUUGAAAACCUCGAUGUAAGCGAAAUGGUUAGCGGCCAUCUACGCUAUCAAUACUUGCUGGGAAGAAUCCUCACCCUCACUGGGCUACAGGAUCUGGACGCCAACGAAAUUGAACGAGAAGAAACUGCACUUGCCAUUGAAGAGGAGCAACAGGAGAAGGAACUGCAACAGAACCAGCGCGAGGCUGGUGUUAAAGACCCGAAAUCAUCUGCUGCCCAGGAGACUUUGAACAGCCAGGCAGGAUUCGGAGAAGAUGCACGGCUGCAAAAGCAGGUCGAGAUGCAGACUCAGGAGAAUAUGACGAAUCAUCGGAUUCAAAUGCUUGAUAUGAACGAUGAUGAUUACUCGACACCUUUGAAGGACGAUCCUUUGAAACAUUCUGCUCUCUAG